AUGUCCUCUUCUGCCGCCAAGGGCAAGGCUCCCGCUAAUGGCGCCGCUUCGACGCUCCCAUACGAGCUCCCAUGGGUUGAGAAGUACCGGCCACAGGUCCUCGACGACGUUGUCGGCAACACAGACACCAUCGAGCGGCUCAAGGUCAUUGCGCGGGAUGGAAACUGCCCACAUAUUAUUAUAUCUGGAAUGCCGGGUAUCGGAAAAACCACAAGCAUACAUUGCUUGGCCCACCAGCUGCUCGGAGACGCGUACAAAGAAGGAGUGCUGGAGCUGAAUGCUUCUGAUGAGAGAGGUAUUGAUGUCGUCCGAAACAAAAUCAAGGCCUUCGCGCAGAAGAAAGUGACGCUCCCAUCAGGUCGUCACAAGAUUGUCAUCCUGGAUGAGGCAGACAGUAUGACAGCCGGAGCGCAGCAAGCACUCCGACGAACCAUGGAGAUCUAUGCCAAUACCACCCGCUUUGCGCUCGCUUGCAACAUGUCCAACAAGAUCAUCGAGCCUAUUCAGAGUCGCUGUGCUAUACUACGGUACUCCAAGCUCAGAGACACGGAGGUGUUGAAGCGGCUCCUGGAGAUAUGCGAAAUGGAGAAGGUACAAUACAAUGACGAAGGUCUUGAAGCACUCAUCUUCACCGCUGAGGGUGAUAUGCGACAAGCUAUCAAUAAUCUUCAGUCGACGUGGUCUGGCUUUGGGUUCGUGUCUGGGGACAACGUCUUCAAAGUUUGCGACCAGCCGCAUCCCAUUACCGUUCAAGCGAUGAUCCGGUCAUGUUUGAAGGGAGACAUUGAUGCAGCAAUGGACAGGCUGAAUGAGCUAUGGGAUCAAGGUUACAGCGCUGUCGAUAUCGUCGUUACAAUAUUCCGGGUGGUGAAGACGUUUGACGAGAUUCCCGAGUACACAAAACUUGAGUUUAUCAAGGAGAUCGGGUGGACACACAUGCGAAUACUCGAGGGCGUCGGGACCUUGGUCCAGCUUGGCGGCCUUAUGGCACGACUGUGUAGGAUGAACUACAAACCAGACCUUUUCCGUGUAUGAGCGUGGCUCUUGGCGCUGUAUAUAUGCUACGUUGAUCUCCUGCUGUCGUCGCUAUGAAUGAGUCACCUUU